AUGGCCGAUAAAGGCCAACGGGCUAAUUGUGGUGGCUCCUGUAUUGACCACAAUUGGGUUUUGACUGCUGCCAGCUGCAUAGCAGACUCAUCUGCUCCGGUCUUGCGCAUAGUCAGUAAGAAAGACAUCAUCGAAUUCAAGGACAUUGACGAUUCUAUUCCUUUCGCCGAUAUCUCGCUUCUUCGCAUUAAACAUGUUGAAUACAACAAAAACAUUCAACCCGUUAAGCUACCGAAGAUCCAAUCACACUAUAAAAUCUACGCUGGUUCUGAGGCUAUCAUUACAGACUGGAGAGAUACCUUUAACGCUUCCAACCCUAAGCCCAAAAUACUCCAAUACGGUAAAGUCGAAAUCAUAAACAAUACAGAUUGCAGGGCUUUAUAUGGAAAAGAAAUAGUUUCCUCUGCUCUCAUCUGCUCUUCGGCUGCCUCGGAUGUAUCCCCAUGGAACGGCGACUCUGGUGGCCCACUGGUGCAAUUGCCCAGUUUGGUCCAAGUCGGUAUAACCUCGUUUUACACCCCCGAUAACCAAUUAGGAUACCCCGCCGUCUUCACCCGGGUUACAUUUUUCCUCGAGUGGAUCAAGCAACACACCGGUCUCCCUUUGUAA